AUGAUCGAUGAACAUAUGACCAUUCGAUUUGAGAUGUUUCUGGAAAGAGUCAACGCGAUAACCGGUGAAAGGGAGUGGGUUGUGGCUGAAGAGAACUAUGACAUGGCACAGGAGCUCGCACGGAGUCGAUUCGCUGACAUGAUCCAUGAUUAUGAUAGGAAUGAGAAUUACAAGCGAGGUCUCGAAACGGUUAUCAGCGAAAAGAAGAAGACGCAGGAAAAAGUGCAUGUGCUAGAUAUUGGUACUGGGACCGGUCUUCUCUCAAUGCUGGCUGUUGAAGCAGGUGCUGACAAAGUAACAGCGCUCGAAGCUUUUGCUCCGAUGGCUGAUUGUGCAAAAAAAAUUAUUGCUCGAAACGGGUUUGACGACAAGAUCACUGUUAUAUCUGAACGGUCAACCGAUGUGACGGAUAUCGGAGGAGAAGCCGCUGAUGUGAUUGUCGCCGAGGUUUUCGAUACCGAAUUAAUCGGCGAAGGCGCUUUGCGAACAUUCAAAGAAGCGCUGCUCAAUUUGGCGAAACCUGGAUGUCGCGUUGUCCCGUCGCGAGGGAAUGUAUACGUGAAUCCGGUUUCGAGUCGAUUUCUCAAAAGUUUCAAUCGGAUUCCAGUGCUGAAUAAUGAAGAUGACAUUCCACUCGGCAAUUGCCCGGGAACGUCGGCAGUAUUUGACGUGCAGUUAUCGGCACUUGAAACAAAAGAUUUUAUCGCUCUAACCGAACCUAUUAUUGCAUUCGAAUUUGAUUUCGAAAAUGCCGACAAAAUAAUUUAUGAGGAAUCAUUUCGCCGAUUAGCAAUCGCAACAGAAAGUGGAACAAUCGAUGCAAUUUUGAUGUGGUGGGACCUCGACAUGGACGGAACAAAUGAGAAUUUCAUCGAUAUGGCGCCGAGAUGGGCGAACCCAAAAUACGCGUUUCGGGACCAUUGGAUGCAGGCGGUUUAUUAUUUACCGCGGAAGUAUGAGCUGGUCAAAGGGGAGCAAUUCGAGCUGAAUUGUAUGCACGAUGAAUUUAGUAUAUGGUUCGAUGUUAAUCAGACUCAGCCGAUCGAACGAAUGUAUUGUUCAUGCACACUGCACAAUAUAACAUGUAGGCAAACAAUUUUCCAUAUAAACGAAAUGCUGAAUGAUAUGAGAUUUGUGAAUCAGGUCAAAAAGCUUUCUGCGCAAAAAUCGGUCGUAACACUUGGAGAAGGCUCAUUCUUACCACUUCUAGUCGCCAAAUUCGCACGCAAAGUAGUAUUAGUCGAAUCGAAUCCACAUUUCCGCGAGAUAUUUACGAAAUACAAAUCAUACUAUAAACUUCAUCAUUUGUCGAUUGUUGAAUCAAUCGAUGAUAUCGCUGACAAGCCGGACGUUGUUCUUGCGGAACCAUUCUACAUGUCCGCGAUGAAUCCGUGGCAGAAUUUGAGAUUUUUGUUCGACGUGCGGAAUAUCAAAGAAAAAUUCGGAGACGACCUGCCCGUUGAACCACACAUAGGAAAACUGAAAGGAAUGUGCGAGAAGUUUGAGGAUCUUCAAUUUAUUGCCGCCGACGUCAACACAAUAUGUGGAUUCGAUCUCUCAUAUUUCGACGAGAUUUCAACAAAAGCUCGGCAAGCUACCGACGCGAUUGUCGAUGAACAACCGUUAUGGGAGUACUUUGGAGUUUCGUGCGACGAUCAAUUCGACAUUCUUAUGUUCAAUGUGCAUUCACCGAUCGCUGAUGCAGUCUGUGAAAUGGAUAUUGAAUUGAAAAAAGCUAAUUGUAUUCCAAUGUGGAUGGAAUGGAAGUUUGGUGAGAUAACUGUGUCAACUGGAGUUACGAACAAAGUUAAUAAAAAUGAGUCGCCAAUUUGGAACAAAGGCUACAAACAAGGAGUCUAUUUCCUCACCUCUGAACAACUGACAAAAAAACCCCAAUCAGAUCAGCAGAAAAAGGAAACUGCCGAAGCUGCAGAAAAAGCGGCGCGAGCGGGUUUCGUCAAUAAAUUGUUUGUCAAAGUUGGCCAGAAGGUCGGAAUUGUCGAAUGGACAAAAUUGGAGCCGCAGUUUGAGAGCAAUCUUAUCAAAUUGAUAACGUAUCAUAAGAUUUUAUAUAAUAUUGUUGAUAUGUGCGAACUUCAAAUUCAAACGGAUCUGAAUGUGCUGAAAAUGCAGAAAAUCGAGCAUCCGAAAGACGAGAGCCCUUGGGAGCUGCUCGGCGGAUGGUUCCAUUAUAUGGCCAUUCAGCAGUUCGACGGAUUCAACGCAAAAAUACUUGACAAAUAUAGCUAUGCGUGCGGCAAAAUUGCAACAAAAGAGCGAAUUGCGCAGCGACGAAGCCGCGGACAAUUGAUUCGUAAAAUGAGAGCCUACACGAGCACCGAAUCCGAGAAACUCAACGAGAACUUUGAGCUUGUCAAGAGUUUAUUGCACGGAAUUGAUGAGACGAGACAUCAUCUGAAAUCGGCGUCGACUAAUAAGGAAGUCAGAGAACGAGGGGAAGCGUAUCGUAAAAUGAUAUUAGCCUUCAAUGAUAAGGCAAAUGAGCUGCAGGGAUGCAUCGACGAAGUGAGCAGUGUUGUGAAGCUCCAUCAAAUGGAAUUUGUCAAAUUUGCCAGAGAAAUGAUGACGCUGAAUAAUGUGAUCGAGUCGAAUUUAAAUGAAACUCGUCUUCGUAUUUUGACUGGCAAUAGAAAAUAA